AUGGUCCUUCCGACCGACAAGGAGGAGCCGAGCGCCGUCGACUCCGUCCUCGACCGGAUAUCGAUGUGGGGCAACCCGAAGCCGAAGUGGGAGCCGGACGGACCCUGCUUCCUCCUCGGACUGCCGCACGAGGUUCUUGAGCGUAUCCUCCUGCUCGCGGACAAUGGUAGCAUCUUGAACGCUAUUCAGACCUGCCGCACGUUGAAGGCUGUCUCCGAGUCGCCGGCGGUGCAGUACCGUCUGAUACUCGAGAGGUCUGGAUACAUCGACUGCCCGAACCAACCGCGGCCUGCCCCGCCAACGUUCAGCGGGGUGCCGUCAAACAAGGCUCGCACAUCACCGCACACCGGACGGCUGCGCCCUACUAUUCCGAGCGUGACGUUGGCGGACUGGCCAGCGACGCCCUCCGAGACAGUCGACCUCUCGAACCUGAGCGCCGUAGACAAGGCGAAGCUGCUCCGCGAGCGAGAGGACCGGUGGGACGCCCUCGACGCCGCUGAGGUCCGCACGUUCCAAGUCUCGGGGAAUAUGAACGUCUACGAGCUGCAGGAAGGUAUUCUGCUCGUGUGCGAGAUCGUGAGACUCAUUCCGCUACCGUCGGUGACGGACCCGGACCUAGAGGACCCGAUCAUACCGACGAAAGCGAACAAGGUCGACUUCCAGAUCGCCGACUUGACGAUGGACCCGACGCAGGACCUAAUUGUGGUCAGCGAGCUGGACCCGCGACCUGAGCGGCCAGGCCAGCCAGCUCCCGCCCACAAGUUGCAUCUCCUGACCCUCUCGACGUUCGAGCCUCACCCGCUUGCAGCGCGGACAGUGCUCGACUUCCCGCCCGUGGACGUGCCGGCAAUCAUGCCGAGACAGCUCCUGCAGGUCCUGGGCGACACGCUUGUGGUGCUCGUGUCCCGCGAAGGUGCAAACAUGCUGCAACAGGCGGACGACCUGCUCGCCGUCUUCGGCAUCGACAUGGAAGAGGAGCUUGUGGCGUGGAACUGGAAAACGGGCGAGGUGCUGGCACGCAUUCAUCUCGGCCGAAGCGCGAGCGAGUGCUCCUUCGUCAUGCUCACCCCGACGACAGUGGCGAUCGCGAUGCCUGCCGUCGUCGAAUCGCUCCGACCCGUCCGGACCGCCCCGCCCAUGAUCCAGAUCUACAGUUUCGCGCAGCGCAAUCCGGGCCAAAAGGUCGAGCAGCCGCUCACCUUCAACAGGCUGGACGACACGACACCGCGCGCCGUGCCCGUUGCGAAACUGCUGAUUCCGGCCCUCGCAGACGGCGCGGGACUGUACACGUUCCACAUGCGGCCUGACCCUGCCUUCCCGCCUCAGAAAGAUGCGCCGCUCGCAUCAAAGCCCUUCACGCAGGACCCGGGGAAGGGCGUGAUCGUCUGCGACCUCGUGAUUGCGAGCGCAACAGCGCCGCAUACCGAGUUCCACCCGCAGUUCUUCGACUUCUUCAUCCUGCGCGAGUACCUAAUCCAGCUGGCAGAGGAGGGCGAGGCGCGCCGCCGAGUCGGGUGGGCGAACGACCUGAGCGAGCGGGCCGCGCUCAGGACCAUCUUCUGGGAAGACUGGGGCGAGGCCAACUCGCGCAUGUUGCUGAAGUUUAUGGACCCGCCGCGACAACUAGUACGUAUCCUUCACCCCGAGCUUCACUCGCCGUCUUCGCUAGCUGACAUACAGGUCUGCUCUUGUUCCGGGUAUCGCUAUGUGUCAAUGUUGAACUCGACGGGCCCCUCAGAGUAUUUGAACGUUGUGAUCCAGGACUUCAACCCACACACAAUUGCGCGGGAGCGCGCCCGCCGCCGCGCCGAGGGCAAGGGCACGGGCUGGAUCCAGUCCGACGACGGCGAGUACCAGGUCGCGCUGUGGGAUCGGGACGAGCCCACCACCAUCGCGCCCGAGCCCGCGUGGCGCGACAAGGUCGUCACGACGCUGCCGUUCCGCGCUGUCCAGCGGCCGUUCAAGGCGACGGGCAAGAAGCCAAAGGGCGUCAUGAUGGAUGCGGAGCGGGUCAUGCUCAUUGCGAGCUAUGACGAGGAGGUCGGCACGAUCAGGCAGGAGAUCACCACGCUCUGCAUGUGA